AGAGCCCUAUAAAACCACAUAUAUGCUAGCCUCAAUAUCUCUCACAUUACAUCAAAAAAUAUUUAUUAUUUCUUCUCUCUCAAAAAAUUGUGAAAAUGGCUCUAUCCAUGCGUUUCUUUGCUACUUUCUUUCUUCUAGCUAUGCUUGUCAUGGCUACUGAGAUGGGACCAAUGAGAAUUGUGGAGGCAAGACAUUGCGAAUCGUUGAGCCAUCGUUUCAAGGGACCAUGUGCGAGCGAUAAGAAUUGUGCUUCGGUCUGUGAGACCGAAAGAUUUUCCGGUGGCAAUUGCCGUGGAUUCCGUCGCCGUUGCUUUUGCACUAAGCCAUGCUAAAUGAGUAAUAGAA